AUGAUGGCGAACCAAGUGAUUAGGGCUCUGUUCGUAUACAGUUUGGCUUUGUUUUAUGGCUUUAUGGUGUGUUUUUUCCUAUUGUUGAGUGCUAUUAGGAACCUUGAAAUACCGAGAAGAGGAAAGCGACGAGAAAAACGUAAGUAACGAUCGGUAAAUUUGCACCGGUGCAACUUGGCCUGGUCGAUUCAUCUUGUCUGUUGUGCUUUGUAUCUUUAGUUAAUUGGGUCAUCUUUUUGCGUUUGAUAGUGCUCACUACAGCAGGGACUCUUCGAAACAUUAGCUUUACAUCAAUUAAUGAGAAAGCUGACAAAAUUGCUUCCCCAUCCAGAGCAUACUAUUUUUAAAGCGUCAUGUAGAGAAGAAAGCGCACUGUUAAUGUUAGCUAAGCUUUAAUAAGCUUAUGUAUGCAAGCUCAUUUUGGGCGACUACAAACUGGUUUUCGUAAUGACCAUAAAAAACCCAUGUCAUUAUUUUUCUCUGUGAUGAUUAGUUAACGGUUAUUUCAUAUUUUUAAUACCAUUCUUUGUUUUCGAUUCAUUCACCGUCCAAAGAACUGCUAUGAAGGACCCCAUGUGAAUAAACAAAUCGAACAAGUAAACACAAGUGAAAUACUUUUUUACUGUUGUGAGAUGCGUAACCGUGAAAUGUUAUUCCCUGUAUUUGUACAGUGACUUCUGCUAUUGCAGGAUAACGAACCAAUCAAUUUGAAACUUCACCAUCCAACACCCCCCUGCCUGGGUAGCCUCUGGGGCAUUUGAACUUUUUAAAGGGACAGGUUCACGGUAUUGUGCAUGUGUGAGUCUGACAGUACCUGAUUGUUUUUAAACCAAUCGGAAGCGAGUUGGAUGCACGCAGGGAAAUUUACGCAGGAGUUUUUCUGGACAUUUGGUUCGAUUUUAUAUGUUCCCAUAAUUCCUAUUUUUUGCUAUUCCUCAGAUAUGUGUUGCAGCCGGUAAGAGUAAGAUUUACAGCCCUGUCCUGCUCUGAAACAAACAUUUACCUACGUACAUUUUUAUGAGGUCUUUUACAUACCCAUGCUAACAAAGCAGUCACCAAUUGGCAAACAAAAUUUGUAAACAAACCUAAAUAAUAAUUAAUUAAAAAUUUUUAACGCGCAUUUUCCUUGCCUUUUUCCACCUUUUCCAAGAAACCUUUUAUUACUGAUCUCUCUGUUUGCCCUAUAUAAAUCUAGAAAUACCUGCAAAUAGCACCUGACCAAUGACAAAAACACACAGCAUAUGAGUAUAAAGAUUAUCCUAAAUUGAGCUUAAAUUUCAAUUGCUUAUCAGCAAAUGAACAGAUAGAUCAGCUAAGCUUCUUUAUCUCCAAAGACUCUUGAGAACGUCCUGUUGUUGGGUGCCUGUGACGUCGCUUCUGAGACUCCAUUCACAAAAUUGAUUCUGAAAGCAAAACAACACUCACGAGUACUUUAGAAAUAGCAGACUUCACAUGCUUAUGUAGAGCUAUGGAUGAGCGGAUUUAUAGGCAGAUUCCUGGAUUCCUUGGAUUCGCAGUUGAUGUCUUCUUCGUAUUUAGUGUUGGCCUGUAUGUUUUAUUCUGGAAGCUGUCACGAUGCACAUGCGCAUUACCGUAAACUCUCCACUUUAAGAUAGGCCUGGUCAAUGCAGUGUUCAAAUACCACACUACUGCGUGGCAGUUGUUUGAAGGGAAAAGGGAUUUUGGGCGGGAGAGAAAUGCGAAGGGGGGGCGGGGGGGGGGUGAGGAGGAGGGAGGGUGGGAAAGGCCUGCAAGGAGGCCAUUAUUUUCAUGUUAUAAACAUCCACCAGACAAAUGUUAAAAUCCUAAUAGGUCAGUUUUCAAAACAUGUCAAUUAUGGCCUUGGAUACUUAAUCUGAUUGGUUGAAAUUAACAUCACCACUGAUCUUUCAGUAAUCAUUUAAAAAUAUGUUGUUAGUGAAUUGUAAUGAAUUCAUUGUUAGAAUUAGAAACUGAAGGCAUCAAUUUCAGCUUGAAAGGAGAAUAAAAGAAAGCAGUUUAUUUGCUUUCUUCUAUUAUUUGAAGAACCAUAUAAAGGAAAAGACCCGUCAGCUGGAUGAGUUUUACUGACUGUUUUUGAGACCACAAACCCCUGUCAUAUAGGCUACGCCUUAUCAAUGAAUCUGAAGUUUAACAACUGCUAAAGGAUUCUGCUUUGAACAUUCUUGCUUUGUGUAUGUGAUUAAUUAAUUAAUUUUUUUUUUCUUUAAACUGUAAAUAUUUGAUUUUAUUCCCAUACAUAUAUAUCUUAUUAUUUCAUAGGUUCCUCAAUUAGCUUCAUAGUUGAAAUACCUGACACUUAAUUAGAGUUUACUAUUAUUAUUAUUAUUAUUAUUAUUAUAUUUGUAAUUAUUCAUUAAUGAAAUCUUCAUGGGAGUUAUAUGCUUGACCUGGCUUGACUGUUAAAGAGUUGAUGUUUUCAUUUCUCUAUAGCUCCUGCAUGCCUUCUUGAUCCUGAGCUUGGUGAACACCAUUUCCUGAGAACAGCAUCAAAUAUCAG